AUGACUACUGCAAACUGUGGCGCCCACGACGAGCUCGACUUCAAACUCGUCUUCGGCGAGGAAGGGGCGCCGGCGCCGGCGCCUCCGGGCUCGCGGCCUGCAGAUCUUGAACCAGAUGAUUGUGCAUCCAUUUACAUCUUUAAUGUAGAUCCACCUCCAUCUACUUUAAACUCACCACUUUGCUUACCACAUCAUGGAUUACCGUCUCACCCUUCUGUUUUGUCAUCAUCGUUUCAGCUCCAAGGUCACAAAAACUAUGAAGGAACUUGUGAGAUUCCAGAAUCUAAAUACAGCUCAUUAGGUGGUCCCAAACCCUUUGAGUGCCCAAGUAUUCAAAUCACAUCCAUCUCUCCUAAUUGUCAUCAAGAAGUAGAUGCUCAUGAAGAUGACCUACACAUAAAUGACCCAGAAAAGGAAUAUUUGGAAAGACCUUCUAGAGAUCAUCUCUAUCUUCCUCUUGAGCCAUCUUACCGUGAGUCUUCCCUUAGUCCUAGUCCUGCCAGCAGCAUCUCUUCUAGAAGCUGGUUCUCAGAUGCAUCUUCUUGUGAAUCUCUUUCACAUAUUUAUGAUGAUGUGGAUUCAGAAUUGAAUGAAGCUGCUGCCCGAUUUACUCUUGGAUCCCCUCUGACUUCUCCUGGUGGCUCUCCAGGGGGCUGCCCUGGAGAAGAAUCCUGGCAUCAACAAUAUGGACUUGGACACUCACUGUCACCCAGGCAAUCUCCUUGUCACUCUCCUAGAUCUAGUAUCACUGAUGAGAAUUGGCUGAGCCCCAGGCCAGCCUCAGGACCCUCAUCAAGGCCUACUUCCCCCUGUGGGAAACGGCGACACUCUAGUGCUGAGGUUUGUUAUGCUGGGUCCCUUUCACCCCAUCACUCACCUGUUCCUUCUCCUGGUCACUCCCCCAGGGGAAGUGUAACGGAAGAUACCUGGCUCAAUGCUUCUGUCCAGGGUGGAUCAGGCCUUGGUCCAGCACUUCUUCCACCAUUUCAGUACUAUGUAGAGACUGAUAUCCCUCUAAAAACAAGGAAGACUUCUGAAGAUCAAGCUACUGUACUACCAGGAAACUUAGAGCUCUGUUCAGAUGACCAAGGGAAUUUAUCACCAUCCCGGGAGACUUCAGUAGAUGAUGGCCUUGGAUCUCAGUAUCCUUUAAAGAAAGAUUCAUCUGGUGACCACUUUCUUUCAGUUCCUUCACCCUUUACCUGGAGCAAACCCAAGCCUGGCCACACCCCUAUAUUUCGCACAUCUUCAUUACCUCCACUAGACUGGCCUUUACCUACUCAUUUUGGACAAUGUGAACUAAAAAUAGAAGUGCAACCUAAAACUCAUCAUCGAGCCCAUUAUGAAACUGAAGGUAGCCGAGGAGCAGUAAAAGCAUCUACUGGUGGACACCCUGUUGUGAAGCUGCUGGGCUAUAGUGAAAAGCCAAUAAAUCUACAGAUGUUUAUUGGAACAGCAGAUGAUCGAUAUUUACGCCCUCAUGCAUUUUAUCAGGUGCAUCGAAUCACUGGGAAGACAGUUGCUACUGCAAGCCAAGAGAUAAUAAUUUCCAGCACAAAGGUUCUGGAAAUUCCACUUCUUCCUGAAAACAAUAUGUCAGCCAGUAUUGACUGUGCAGGUAUUUUGAAACUCCGCAAUUCAGACAUAGAACUUCGAAAAGGAGAAACUGACAUUGGCAGAAAGAAUACUAGAGUACGUCUUGUGUUUCGUGUACACAUCCCACAGCCGAAUGGAAAAGUCCUUUCUCUGCAGACAGCUUCUAUACCUGUUGAGUGCUCCCAGCGGUCUGCUCAAGAACUUCCUCAUAUUGAGAAAUACAGUAUCAACAGUUGUUCUGUAAAUGGAGGUCAUGAAAUGAUUGUGACUGGAUCUAAUUUUCUUCCAGAAUCGAAAAUUAUUUUUCUUGAAAAAGGACAAGAUGGACGGCCUCAAUGGGAGGUAGAAGGGAAAAUAAUCAGGGAAAAAUGUCAAGGGGCUCACAUUGUCCUUGAAGUUCCUCCAUAUCAUAACCCAGCAGUUACAGCUGCAGUGCAGGUGCACUUUUAUCUUUGCAAUGGCAAGAGGAAAAAAAGCCAGUCUCAACGUUUUACUUACACACCAGUUUUGAUGAAGCAAGAACACAGAGAGGAAAUUGACUUGUCUUCAGUUCCAUCGUUGCCUGUGCCUCAUCCUGCCCAGACCCAGAGGCCUUCCUCAGAUAUAGGACAUCCAUGUGACAGUGUACUGUCAGCACAGAGAAGCUUGGUUUGUCCCAUCCAGCAAACAUAUGCAUCCAUGGUAACCUCAUCUCAUCUGCCACAGUUGCAGUGUAGGGAUGAGAGUGCUGGUAAAGAACCGCAUAUGCUACCUUCUUCAGUCAUGCACCAGCCUUUUCAAGUCACACCAACACCUCCAGUGGGGUCUUCCUAUCAGCCUAUGCAAACUAAUGUUGUGUAUAAUGGACCAACUUGUCUUCCUAUUAAUGCUGCCUCUAGUCAAGAAUUUGUUCCUGUUUUGUUUCAGCAAGAUGCAGCUCUUCCUAGUUUAAUAAAUCUUGGCUGCCAACCACCAUCAUCCAUACCUUUUCAUUCUUCAAAUUCAGGCUCAACAGGACAUCUCUUAGCCCAUACACCUCAUUCUGUGCAGACCCUGCCUCAUCUACAGUCAGUGGAAUACCAUUGUUCAAAUACAGGACAAAGAUCUCUCUCUUCUCCAGUGACUGACCAGGUCACAGGUCAGCCUUCCUCUCAGUUACAAUCCAUUACAUAUGGGUCUUCACAAUUAGGGUCUGCUACAACCGUUUCCCCAGCAGCUUCUCAUCCCUUGGCCAGUUCACCACUUUCUGGACCACCGUCUCCUCAGCUCCAGCCUAUGCCUUACCAACCUCCUAGCUCAGGAACCACCUCAUCACCCACUCUAGCCACUAGAAUGCAUUCUGGACAACAUUCAACUCCAGCACAGAGCACAGGCCAGGGAGGUCUUUCUGCACCUUCAUCCUUAAUAUGUCACAAUUUGUGUGCUCCAGCUUCAUUUCCAUCUGAUAAGGCAACUGUGAACAUUAAACCUGAACCUGAAGAGCAAGAACCUAACUUUUCAACAAUUGGUCUACAGGACAUCACUUUAGAUGAUGACCAGUUUAUGUCUGACUUGGAACACCAUCCAUCAGGUUCAGCAGAGAAAUGGCCUAACCACACUGAGCUCUCAUGUCCACUUCCUUUCUGGAGAAUCUAG